GGCACUGCCAUCGCUAGUCACUUUAACAUUGAUCAAAUUGUUUGCAAUUUUAAUUGCAGUUUACUAUGUCUGCUGGAGUACAAGAGCGCCUGCAACUGAGUCGUGUUCCGCUGGACACCUGGUCGAAGCGCGAGCAGCUCAUCCUGGCGUCAGCUGUGUCCUGCAGCGGCGACCAAAACUGGAUUACGGUGAGUCGCACGCUAAAGGCGGUUUGCGGCAAUGGAAACGGUGGUGGUCACAACAGCAACAACAACAACCGACCGGCAGAUUGGUUCUCCCAGAAGAAUUGUGCCGUCCAGUAUGGCAAUCUUCUCGAGAGUGUGGAGGCCACCAAGCGCAAGAAACGCAGCAGUGAGAGCAGCGCCGGAGUCUCCUCGCCAGCCAUCGUAGAAACACCCACGGAAUUGCUGCUCCGCCGGCUGACAGAGGAACGCCAGGCUGAGAUUAAGGCGCAGAUGCGCCACGAUCAGGAGACCUACCGCCGCAUUCAGCACGAGAUCGAUUCCCUGCAAUCGGAUGCAGUCACAGAGCAGGAGCUGCAGGACAUGUGGCUGGAGAUCGAAAAGGAUCAGGAGACGCGGCGUAUCGAGGAGAUGAAGCUGGAGAACCGUAUGCGGGAGCGGGAGCAGCGCAAAAAGGACUUGGCGGGCAACUGGCGGAAUAGCAGCCCGGCCGCAAGGCGAUCUAACCAAGCCACGGACACCACCUCUGUGGACAUGGACGUGGAGGAUAUCAAUAGCAGUGGGAAUGGCACCAAGCAGCAGGCGGCACCUUCUCCUCUUCUCACAUCCCUGCUGAAAUCGCCUACAGGCAAUGCUCCUGCCACACCAACUACAGGAGCCGGAGUAACUGUAUCAGGAACUGGCAGCGUGGCCAGGGCCACGGCACCCACCAUUACAUCCUUGCUGACCAGUGGCUCCAGUUCGACCGUUUCAAAUCAGCCAGCCAUCACGAUGAAGAGUCCCACAGAUGCUGCUUUCAUGUCCCGACCUAUUAGUGGACCUCCAGCCAGUGAGGCACUCGCGCCAAGUACGCCCACUCUGGAACGGAGUCCGUCGCAGGCGGCACCUACACUCUCCAUGUUGCUGGAGAAGAACAAGGCGGCUGGUCGAGCCAACGAUGGCGGAAGCUUAUCUAAAACGGAGGGUUCAGAAGGCCAAGAGCAGACAUUAGUAGAUGAGACCACUUCAGCGAACACUGGGACAGCGGAUUCAGACGAGGCCGAUCCCAACGAAGACCAGUUGCUGGAGGUGUUUCCAAACAUUGACGAAAUAAUCGAUGACAUCGACAUAGAUAUGGCCGGUGUCAUUGAUGAUGAGAUCCUUAAAGAUGUGGACGAUGUGGUGGCUUCGCCUUCGAACAAUAAAACUGAAGGCAUUGACUUUGAGGACAAGUUGGAUGCACUGAAGCGGGAACAAAGUAAAAGUUCACCAAGCAACGAUAAACCGAAGUCCGUCGAAUUAGUAAUAGGCUCCAGUGAUGACUCAAACGAUAAUAUACCCUUGGCUGCUGUGGCUUCACAGGAGAGCAAAGAUCGUGGUCAGUCGGGAGGUGAAUCCACUCGGGGCACAGAUGAUGCGGAGUCGGAACCUUUGGCCAGCGAGGUGGCGGUGGAAGAGAUAGGUGAGACCAUCACAAUUAUCAGCACUUCCAGUGAGGACACUGCUGGAUCGCCACCUUCAAAAGUUGAUGAGGAAACGGGCACUAAUUCUCUCAAAAAAGAGGAAGUCAAGGAUGAGCAAUCCGAACAAGAAAUCAACUUGAAGAGCAAAGAUAAAACAAGAGAAACCACAGUAGAACCAGAAACUAUGGAUAAGCAAGCCACUGCAGAAGCUCAAAGCAAACCCAACAAGGAGAAUAUAGAGAAACCUUCCACAAUGGAGGAAAAGGUUGCCACUCCUUCAACACCUGCAUCUGCUCCUGUUCCUGGAUCCUUACACGAUACCGAUGAGGAGUCUUCUUCGUUAACCGACAGCAGCAAACAGGAGGACCAACCGAGAAGUGCAAAAGCCAAGCAGCCAACAUCGAAAUUGGCUCUAGAUGAUUCCAAAUCGGAUCUGGAGUUGAGUGGAACACCACAACCUCCCUCAGCACCAGCUCGCACUCCACUGUUACGUAAACUACCACAUAGGGAUCGGUCGGAAAGUCCAAUGGUGGAUGAUGACGCCACUACUGCUAGCGAUCACUCCACAGCCAGAUCCACCCGUCGCAGAUGCUCCUCCACACCCGUAAUCGACAGCAUACCCAACUCACCCGCCUCCAGCGAGCAUACGGAUGAUCGGCGAGAGACGCGAGCCGCCUCAAAGAAGCUCUUUCUGUCCAUUUAUGCCAUGCUGCAGGAUAGUAAGCAUGCAGCUCCCUUCAAGCGUCCCUUUCAUGACGAGCACGCGCAGCGGCACGCGGAUCUGUGCCUACGUCCCAUGGAUUUUCCCACGAUUAAGCGAAACAUCGACUCCGGAUUUAUUCGUAGUUUAAGCGAGCUGCACAGGGAUGUCCUGCUAAUGGCCCACAAUGUUUUGGUGGCCUACAAGCCCCAUACCAAUCAGCAUAAGACGGCGCGUUUAUUCGUGCACGACUGUCAGGCGAUCAAGGAGUUUUCACAAAUACCGGACACGCAGGCUGUAGGAAUCACAGCCACGCCGACGAACAAUACUGGAAGCUCCCGGGCGGAGAAAUCAAGUGGAAGCAAGGCCAGGAGUGGUUCGCGAAAGAGCCAAAGGCAUCAUUAGAUUUAAGUUACUUUAACUUGAUAAACUUAAAGGUGGGCCAAGCUAUUCAGUUUUAUAGAUUAAAUAUGCCCUAAGAAGAUUUCACACUGGAAUAGAUUCCCCUCACUGCAGCACAAUUUAGGAGUUUUCAUUAUAUUUUAUCGAUUAAUACGAUGUUUUUCUACUAGAUAAAAACAUUUUAUUUUGGUACUUCUUAACUAACUCACAAACUAUCAUCAACAAUAAACAUCAAUCGAAGAAUAUGA